AGGUGGCUAUGGCUACAGGACAGGUGCUGUUCCAACGAUUUUUUUAUACCAAAUCUUUUGUGAAGCAUUCCAUGGAGCUGUUGGAGGCAAUCAGCUCCAGAUUUGAGCAAAACAUCAGUAUGUUGCAAUACUUAUAUUUCAGCAUGUGUCAAUGGCCUGUGUUCACCUGGCAUCCAAAAUCGAAGAAGCACCAAGACGCAUAAGGGAUGUUAUUAAUGUGUUCCAUCGUCUUCGACAUCUAAGGGAAAAAAAGAAACCUGUGCCUCUGAUAUUGGAUCAAGAGUAUGUAAACUUGAAGAACCAAAUUAUUAAGGCAGAAAGAAGAGUCUUAAAGGAGUUGGGAUUUUGUGUUCAUGUAAAGCAUCCUCAUAAGAUAAUCGUUAUGUAUCUUCAGGUAUUAGAAUGUGAACGUAACCAACAUCUGGUCCAGACUUCAUGGAAUUACAUGAAUGAUAGCCUGAGAACAGAUGUCUUUGUAAGAUUCCAGCCAGAAAGCAUUGCCUGUGCCUGUAUUUACCUUGCAGCUAGGACACUGGAGAUUCCACUUCCUAAUCGUCCACACUGGUUUCUACUCUUUGGAGCAACAGAAGAAGAGAUUCAAGAAAUAUGUUUAAAAAUUUUGCAGCUCUAUACUCGGAAAAAGGUUGAUUUAACUGAUCUGGAAAGUAAAGUAGAAAAAAAGAAACUAGCAAUUGAAGAGGCAAAAGCACAAGCUAAAGGUCUGCUACCUGAGGGAACCCCGAGUUUGGAUAACACAUCAGGAUUUUCCCCUGUACCAAAAAAUGAGUCUCCAAAAGAAAUUAAAGGAAAUAAACCUUCACCGCUACCUGUUCAGGCAAUGAAGAAUGCUAAAAGAAAAACUGAGGGAGCAAAAAGAAUGAGUUCAAAUAGCCCAGUAAAUGGCCUUCAGAAAGGAAGAGAAAGUAGAAGUCGAAGUGGAAGUAGAGAUCAGAGUUAUUCAAGAUCACCAUCCAGGUCUGCAUCCCCUAAGCACAGGAAAAGUGAAAGUUACUCCACUUCAAGCGGUUCCAAAUCCCAUAGCCGUUCUAGGAGUCGCAGUGAUUCUCCUCCAAGGCAGUUCAACCACACUUCUAGUUACAAAGGUUCCAAGAUGAGAAGUUAUAAGAAAUCAAAAGACUACAAAUAUUCAACACACAAACCGAGGAAAUCCCGCAGCAGAAGUUCGUCACGUUCCAGGAGCCGGUCCCGGGAGCGUUCUGACCAUUCAGGGAAGUACAAGAAGAAAAGUCACUACUACAGAAAUCACAGGCAUGAGCGUUCACGCUCCUAUGAGCGAACGAGUCAUCGCUAUGACAGAGAGCACCCUGGCCACAGUAGGCAUAGGCGAUGAGUAGGACAGAGAGUUUUCUCCUUUGGAAUUCAAACAGUGGAGUUAUUUCCUCCAUUUGAUCUUUGCAGCAUAGGGUUAAUCUGGUUUUUAAACCACUUUAGCUUCAUUAAUGUCUGUUCUGCUGCUAAUUCUGUACUUUAAUCCAAAGGAAAUAGACAAACAGGAUAGGAUGAUGUGAAAGACUUAAUCUGAUAAUGUCUUAGUUGCUGUCUGCCGGAGCAUCAUCUAAUAAUACUGCAGAGCUUGCCUCUGUGGGAUGCUCCUGUUGCCUGCUCUUUAGUUAUUUGCAUACUGUAGCGUAGUGGAGUGCUGCUUGGGAUUUGCAGUUCUGGAAGCAGGAACUCCAUUGCUCAGUAGUUGAAGUACUGCGUUGAACAGUCCUUCCCUGUGGAACUAGACAGCUCAAGACAGUUCAUAAAGACCAUUGGAGUGGCUUGGUGCUAACAAAGCUGUCUUUUCGUACUGACUCAACUAUAUUGUACAAAUGUAAGGUGACUUUUUUAGAAUUGAUGCCUAUAUUAGGUUAUAUAUGUGUAUAUAUAUUUUGCAGUGUUACAGUAUAGUAUGGGAAUAUGGCCUUACUAGCCUUUACACUUUAUCCAUAAUGUAAAUAGGCAUUUGUUUAAUACAAGUGAAAGAUAUAUAUAUACAGCAAAUUCAAAACUUGAAUUCUAUCAAAAAGACUUGUGUAGAAAGUUCUGGUAAAUGUGAAAGUAUUUAGCUCUGUGUAUUGAAAGUAGUAUAUUUUUUAUUCGUGCAAUGCUGUGUGCAGGCCACCAGCUCAUAAUAGACGUUUCCUAUAUAUACAUUCUAUGUGGUUGGAAAUUCUUUACUCAGGAUCUUUGACACUCUGAAGUAGUAGUUUGUCAAUCUGCUUGCUUGUUGAAGAACAGAACUUUCUUUUUUUAAAAAGAAAACACACAGCCCAGUAGUAUCAGUUCUAAUGGUAUCUGAGCUGUUGCUCUCGUGCUCCCUAAUUUCAUUAAAGUAUUUGAUUUUUAUAUUAAACUUACUUGAUAGUAGUUUCUUAUGAGCUAUACCAUUGUGCCUCGUAAGGAAAGAAGAAAUCUCUUCUUGAAUGAAGAGACAAACAGAUUGUAGUAGACUUACUUUUAGCUUAAAAUGUGACAUCCUGAAUAUAAGUAUGGCAAAUGUCAUACUGGAGUCCAUCCUGACUGGAGGAGUAGAUUGGCGCAAUGUAAAGCGUGAAAUAGGGUGCUUUAUUUAAGUCCUAUAAGCUAUGUUACAGAUUUUGCUGGCCACAUUAACUACUGGGUUAACCUUCCUCUGUCCAUAGUCAGCAAAGUAAGAUUCAUUAGAGGCUAUCUGUGGUCAAGCUUUUAGAUGCCUCAGUAUGACAGUGACGGAUAACUUCCGUCCUUUGUGCUUCAACUUCAGUACCCAGGAUGUGACAAGAAAACAAAUGUUUUGUGGCUUCGAGGGUAGCUGUUGUAAGUCUUUUAAGUCCAAACCCGUCUCCAGACACAGAGGCAAGGCAGCUCAGAGGGUUUGCAGUUAGCCUUCCUCUUAACAACCUCUGGUCUAUCAAUCUCCUGAGUUGGAGCUUACAUCUGAAUUCUUGUAUGCCGUUACCGAUCGACCUAUCCUUUGUGAAUUUAACUGAUUUCUUUUUGGACCCAGUGAUGCUUUUGGCCUCUAUGGCCUCUUCUGGCGUUCUGUCCUAUGGUAGGAAUUGCUGUUUAACACAGCACAACUAGAUUACCUGUUUUAAGUUUAUUGGCACUGGAUAGUUUUGGUGGGUGCUGUUAUUCCCUAUACAAGGGAGAAGAGUGAAUAAUGAUUUCCUGUAUACUUUUUUCAGCAGCAGUUGUCAUUUUGUACAACUUCAUCAUAUUUCUGAUUAGUUGUCUUUUCUCAGCUGAGAUGCAAUUAGGAGAGGCAGCUGAUACAAGGAAAGCCAGGGUAGGGGAAAAAGAUACUUGCAUGGAGUUGUGCUGACUGGUUUUAACUGGACUAGCCUCUUGUUUAAUCUGUUCCCAAAUCAGCAAACCAUCUGCCUUAACUUGAUCUUUGCACGCAGAAUGGAAACUAAUUAUUUCAUACUGAGUAUACUAAAGAAUUGAGUAGAAGUCUUAGUGUUAAAGUAGUAGCCACGACAAAAUGCAGUGUAACAAGGUCAUGUUGAUCUAUCCAAAGUGUUUUUAAUACAAAGUGAAGUGACUCUGCUCUCCAGAGUUCCCAUUUCAAGCCUUUUAAUUUUUCCUACCUGGUAUUACUGGAGCAGGUUAAGCACAAAUCUCUGCUUGCUAAUUCCACUUCUAAAAGGUAGUUGGUUUAAUUACUACAGUCUGCUCUGAAUACUUGUGUGCAUGAGGGAAGCAGGUUUCAGAGCUGCAGCUUCCUCUGGAAACAUCUUGAGCAGAAUUUAUCUCCAAAUUAAAUCUCAAGCCUACUAGCUGCUACUGUGUUUGCUCUCCAGUGCAAGUAGGGUGAACAAGAAUGAAUGCAAGAUCCAGGCUAUGUACAUUUUUCUAUACGAACAUUGUGUUACUAGGCAUAAAAAUCAGCCACUGUGUCUUAUAAACUAUUGAGCAUGUGUACAGUGCUGAAUAAACAAUAAUCUACUUUCUAACACAUUUGUUAGAAGCUGGAGAGAAGAAAAAGCAUAAAGCACAGGAGAAAGAAGGUAUAUUUGUACCUUUAAAGUGGUUUGGUCCCCCCAAAAAAGGAUUAUAUCACAGAAUUGUAUCCUGUUCUAGUAGAGAACAACCUGUCCUUACCAAUGACAAGUACAAUACAGAUAGCUACACAGAAGGUGUUGGUGGUGAGUUAGGUCUGGGAGAAGCUGCUUAGAAAGUAGUGAGAGAGGACAUAAAAUAAAGCUGUCGAAAGAGGGGCUGACUCCUUAGCUGGGAGUGCAUGCAGGUCCUCUGACUGCAAAAGAGCUGUGCAUGUGUUUGCUAUCUGGUGGUGUGGUCAGUGGCCAUAGCAACAGGAAAAGCUGUGUAGUUUUGCUCUGAUCAGGAAGUCCAAGAUUAUUGAAUGUAUUUGAUAAUUCUGAGGGCAACUACUUACAAGCAAGUAGUUUUUCUGCUUUAUUGGGCCGAUUGCUAAGAGCUGUAGAAUCUGUAAUACCUCAUGGAUAGCUGUGACGGGUUUUAGUAACUUCUUCCAAAUUUUACACCUGUUCUGUCCUGUUAUUCAGCUAACUCGACAGCACUAGAAACACAUGCUGUUGGUGCAAUAGGUUCAUGCCAGGGGCUCUUUGGGCCCCUAGGGGGACCCUUCUUUCAUUGAUUGUGUGUAUGCCCAACAGUUGCCAUCUGCCUGCAGAAACUGAUCCUAGAAUUGCUUUGAAACCUGUCAAGAAGGCAACCUCCUGAAUCUGAAUAACAGAUUACCGUGAUAUGAAGCCUGUGGGCCUCUGCCUCCUUUAGGAAUAGGAGACUGACUUCUCAGCUGAAAGUUCUGCAUAUACAAAGUGCACUAUGCAGUCUUGUUUCCACAGGCUGCGUGACUACCUUGGCUACCCUUCAGAGAGAGGUGCUCUUUCAUCCAAGAUGCAUGAGUGGUGGUGAAGGUGUUAAGCAGCAGUUUUCAACCCUUGAUUUGUCAAGUGUCUCAGGGAAAGUGAAAAGAAAAUGGAAGAAACAAGCCAAUUGGCCGCCAACCUCCUUAUUCCAGAAAGGAGUCCCUACCUACCAGUGAAGAAAUACAGCAGUUGUGAAAUUAAAUAAAAGUUGAAGUGGUUGCAAAUGGCUGAUUUCAUAAAAUUCUAGUUAUACUGCUCUGUGACCAAGGUUGCCAUGGUAUGCCCUUGAGGGGAAAGGGCCUAGUAGCAUGAACGCAUGUAUCACUAUUGCUCCCAGCUACUUUUGGUCCUGUGGCAGUGUUUCUUUUCUGUGGAACAAAGUAGCAGUGGUUUGCAAAUACGCUCACCUCUCUUGAGUGGUGAAAUGGCAUUAUAGAGACGCCUCUUCUGUCUGGUAAUGAACAGGUAAGUGGUCUGCCUUACUGCAUAAAUCAACAUAAACUGUCUUAGAAUUAAGCCCAGUUUCUUAGAUCUCAGUUGAACUUUGCAAUGUAAAAGGUGCAAAUCAGCUUCAGCUGGUGAAAGAAUCCUCAUACAUUGGAGCUGGUUGAUGGUUUCUACCUCCAUCACAACAAAGAGCUGUGGGCAACGUUUGUGUCUCAGGUACCGCUAUGUCUUGUAACUUGAUAUCUACCUCCCAUUGCUCAGAAAAAUGCUUUGCUAAUGGGGGAGCACCUUGCUUGUCCAGGGGAAUCUGUCACUAGCUCUCUCUGCUAUAUAACUGCUGCCUGCCCCUAUUCCCCCCCCCCCCCAAAAAG